CCAUGGAAAUGCUAUUGUCCGCCAUACAAAUCAAGCAAAUCCAAAAGAUCUCCGUCGACGUCAGCAGUUGAAUGACAAAGAAAGGGGAAAACGGGGCGGGGGAGGAGUUGUGUGACGGACAAGGACGGAAAGUAACGGUCAGUCCAUCUCGAUAUUCGAUUCCCGUCAAACAGUAACAGUGGUGAAGAGAUAAUACUAUGUUUUGUCAAUCCCUGCAAAACCUUUCACAGAUUUAGAAAUAGGUUUUCCAUUUCAAGCAAACAAUAGUACGAUCCCCCCAACCUCUCUCUCUCUCGGUCUAUAGGCUUCUUUAUUGCCCAGCCUUGCACGCUUUCGGAACCAGAAGAAUAUCAAAGGAUUUUGAAAGGUGUCGUGAAUAUGGCGAGAGGGAAGAUCCAGAUCAAGAGGAUAGAGAACUCCACGAACAGGCAGGUCACCUACUCGAAACGACGGAACGGUCUCUUCAAGAAGGCUAAUGAGCUCACCGUCUUGUGUGAUGCUAAGGUCUCUAUUAUUAUGCUUUCUAGCACUGGCAAGCUCCAUGAGUACAUCAGCCCCGCCAUCUCGACCAAGGAAAUGUUCGAUCUAUACCAGACAACAUUAGGGAUCGAUCUCUGGAACACGCACUGGGAGAGGAUGCAAGAGCAGUUGAGGAAACUCAAGGAGAUGAACAGAAAUCUGCGAAGGGAGAUCAGGCAAAGGAUGGGGGGCAGUCUUGAUAAUCUGAGCUUUGAAGAAUUGAAUGUUCUUUUCCAAGAUAUUGACGACUCUUUGAAGGUUAUUCGGGAACGCAAGUUUAAGUCGCUCAGCAACCAAAUUGAUACUGGCAAGAAAAAGCUGAAGAAUGCGGAGGUAAUACACAGGAAUCUCCUACAAGCACUUGAUUUGGGAGAUGAUCCUCAUUACGGAUUAGUUGAUAAUGGAGGGGACUAUGAUUCCAUGAUCAGCUUCCACAGUGGAAAUCCGCGGGUAUUUGCUUUACGCCUGCAACCUACUCAGCCUUCCCUUCACAGUGGAACAGGGUCAUCGGAUAUUACAACCUAUCACUUGCUUGAGUAAGCGUGGGAUGCCACCAUCAACCGUUCCCAGACAUUCAGUAAUCGUUGAUGUAUUCUGUUAACAAUGACAACUUGAAGGUAAUAUCUAUGGGAUCAUUAUAUAUGCUGUUAAGUUUGUGUCUCUAUGACCUAUGUAUGCAUGAUGAUGGCUUUUCUACUUCUCUAGCGGGUUUUUGAUGUCUGCAAAUGCGCUUGCUGUUACAAUGCUUUUAAGUAUUCUAUAUCUUGUGUUUCUGAUAUGUACUUUAUCCCUACGGGCUACGUGAACUUGAUUUAAUUGGAUUUGGGAGUAUGGGCUCCUGCCACUAUAGUUU